AUGAAUGUUUUAAGAAAUCUAUUAAAGCAAAAAUUAAUAUUAAGGACUGUUAUUGGUGUAUUUGCUGGAAUUGUAUUAGGUAGCAUUCUGAAAAUUUGUACACUUCAACCAUGGUCAGAACGAAACAUUAUGUAUCUCAAGUUUCCUGGAGAACUCUUUAUGAGGUUGGUAAAUUGUUUAAUAUUACCUCUUAUAAUAUCCAGCAUUGUGAGUGCAACUUGUAAUUUGAGGAAAUCAGGUCAAAUUGGGCUAAUGGCACUAUACUAUUACACAACAACAACAAUACUUGGAAUAAUAUUAAGCGUGAUACUUGUUGAGACAAUAAAACCUGGGGAAGUACUCCAAACUGAAAAUAUUAUUUCACAAAAUUCAACAAGAUAUUUCAUGACAGUGGAUACAAUUUUAGAUUUGUUUCGUAAUUUAAUACCAGAUAACAUGGUGAACACAUGCUUAAAUCAGUACCAAACUGUAUUAGAAAUACCAGAAAAUAAAUCAGUAGCAUUAGCUGAAUGGCGAAUAGACCAUAAAAAUGCACCAGGAACGAAUAUCUUGGGCUUAGUUUUCUUUAGUUUAUUGUUGGGUCUAGCAAUUGGAAACAUAGAUGAAAAGGGUGAACCCUUAAAAAACUUUUUUCAUUCUUUAUCAGAAACAAUGAUGAAGAUCAUGAAUUGGACAAUAAUGACAGUACCAAUAAGUGUUUUGUUUCUCAUCUCUGCAAAAAUUCUGGAAGUAGAAGAUUUUGGUAGCAUAAUUAAACGAUUAGGUGUUUACAUGUUCACUGUGUUCAGUGGCUUGUUCAUACAAGGCUUUGUAGUACUUCCCCUGUUGUAUUUUAUAUGCACUCGUCAAUCUCCAUACAAAGUAAUAUUUAAACUUGGACCAGCUUUUGCUACUGCAUUUGGAACAUCAUCCAGUACAGCUACAGUCCCUGUAACAAUGGCAUGCUUAGAACACAUUGGAAUAUCUACCAAGAUAACUAAAUUUAUAGUUCCCAUAGGAGCUACAAUAAACAUGGAUGGUAUAGCACUGUAUGAAACUAUUGGUGCAAUAUUUAUCAUUCAAUUACAUGGACUGCAAUAUUCAUUAUUUAGACUCAUAAUAAUCAGUAUAACAUGCACCUUGUCAUGUAUUGGUGCUGCUGGCCUACCUAGCGGUGGAUACGUUAUGUUAAUAAUGGUACUGAAUUCCGUGGGAGUUCCAGCAGAAGAUGUUUCAUUAAUUAUUGCAAUUGACUGGUUUGUGUAA